UAUCUAGUGUAAACCACUGCCUUCAGUCUCAUCUUUCUCCAGCUUCGCAUUUGCCUGUCAACGAACGAGGUGGUCACUCUGCACUUGAUGACAUUUCGCAUGCAAUUGUUGCAGUAAUAUGCCCUCUAAAUUAUAAGGGGCAGGUAAAAAAAAUACUCUUCUUCACUCAACAUAAAGCGAAGGACCUGAGAGCAACUGCUGUGCACCAUGUUGUCUAGACUGAGGGCAUCACUGAUGCUGCGGCCCUGUGUGAGCGCCUGCCGCUGGAAACACACCAAAGAGAAGGGCAAGCCUCUCAUGUUGAACCCUCGCACCAACAAGGGCAUGGCCUUCUCACUGCAGGAGAGGCAGAUCCUGGGUCUUCAGGGUCUUCUGCCCCCUAAGAUAGAGUCCCAGGACAUCCAGGCCAUGCGUUUCCAGAGGAACCUGAAGAAGAUGACAGAGCCACUGGAGAAGUACAUUUACCUGAUGGGGAUCCAGGAGAGGAAUGAGAAACUCUUCUACCGCGUGCUGAUGGAAGACAUUGAGGAGCUGAUGCCUAUCGUUUACACUCCCACUGUGGGCCUGGCCUGUACACAGUAUGGACACAUCUUCAGGAGGCCCAAGGGCCUGUUCAUAUCCAUCUUGGAUCGAGGCCAUAUUCGCUCCAUAUUGGACAACUGGCCAGAGACCAAUGUGGCGGCGGUCGUGGUGACAGAUGGAGAGCGUAUCCUGGGCUUGGGGGACCUGGGGGUGUUUGGGAUGGGCAUCCCUGUGGGGAAACUGUGCCUGUACACCGCCUGCGCUGGUAUCAGGCCUGAGAGGUGCCUUCCUGUGGUCAUCGACGUGGGAACUGACAACGAGACCCUUCUGAAGGACCCAUUCUACAUGGGUUUGUACCAGAAGCGGGAUCGUUCCCAGCUCUACGAUGACCUGAUCGAUGAGUUUAUGGAGGCUGUGGUGGACAAGUACGGCCAGGACACCCUGAUCCAGUUUGAAGACUUUGGGAAUCACAAUGCAUUUCGCUUGAUGAGGAAAUACCGCGAGAAGUACUGCACCUUUAACGAUGACAUCCAAGGAACUGCAGCGGUUGCCCUGGCAGGGCUGUUGGCAGCUCAGAGGGCCAUUGGAAAACCCAUCACUGAACAUAGGAUUCUUUUCUGCGGAGCAGGGGAGGCUGCCCUGGGUAUCGCCAACCUGAUUACCAUGUCGAUGGUGGAGAAGGGUUUAACCCAGGACGAAGCCAGGAAAAAGAUCUGGAUGUUUGACAAGGACGGUCUACUGGUCAAGGGCCGAUCGCAGGAGACAGAUAGCAACCAGGAGGCUUUUGUGCAUGAAAGUCCCGGAGAUGUGCAGAGCUUCUUAGAUGCAGUCAACGUCAUCCAACCAACAGCCAUUAUCGGUGUCUCCGGGGCUGGACGCCUCUUUACCCACGACGUCCUCAAAAAGAUGGGCACCCUAAAUAAACGACCAAUUAUAUUCGCCUUGAGCAACCCCACCACCAAGGCAGAGUGCACGGCUGAAGAUGCCUAUACCCUCACAGAUGGCCGAUGCCUGUUUGCCAGUGGAAGUCCGUUUGACACGGUGACUCUGGCUGAUGGACGUGUUUUCACACCUGGACAAGGGAACAAUGCUUACAUAUUCCCAGGUGUAGCCCUGGCUGUGAUCCUCAGUGGCGUGAGACACAUCAGUGACACGGUCUUCCUGGAGGCUGCCAAGACCCUGGCAGACCAGUUGACUGAUGAGGAGCUGGCGGAGGGGAGGCUGUACCCCCCACUGUCCAACAUCCGAGAGGUCUCUGUCCAGAUGGCAGUCAAGGUGGUCCGGUUUGUGUAUGCCAACAACAUGGCCUUCCGGUACCCAGAGCCCAAGGACAAGGACAACUUUGUCAGGUCAACUGUAUGGGACAUCAACUACGACUCAUUUCUCCCUGACAUCUAUGAGUGGAAAGGGAUGAACCCAGCACCUGAUCAUUAGAGAGUUUUAGGUGUGGAAAGGGGGCAACAAAUCACAGUAGGAAAGGUGGGUGGGCGUUAAAGAGGGAAUGGUAAAACUGGGAGGUGGGGAGGACAGUGAAAUGAGGUUAGUUGUUUAAUCCUAGGGCAGAUAUUUGACUGAUUUGUUUGUCAAAAUCAAUUGGCGGGCCAGAAAAAUGUAUAUCCAGUUUUUGUCAUUCAUGAGUGGCCUGGAGUUUUUUUUUUUUUUAC